CCUCCCGUGGACGUCGGUUCGCAAUAAUCGCAUGGACCGAACGUUUUACCCCCACCAACCAAUCGGGUGAAUCCUAUAAAUGCUCUCCACGUUCCUCGAGACGAAGAAGUCACCUCUCUCGGGACCACCAAGCGCACCCGCGAGACAUGUGUCCGUGUUGAGUGUCCCAUUGCGCACGGUGACCAGUUUUUUGGUUCAGAAAGGCCAAAAAAUAUAAGAUCGCGACCACGAAAGAUGCGAAUCUUGUGGAUUGCCACAAUAGUGGCAGUGCUCUCCACAUACCAUGCGCAAGCAUCGAGUGAGAAGAGCAAAAGGGCGAUAGCAAGCAAUGGAGGAUAUAUCUAUGAGCCACCAAAUGAAAUAUUCACGCUACCCCCGAGACCAACGUUGAGACCACCGACAGCAGUGACUCAUGGAUAUCCAACAUCGCACUCAUCAUCAAGCACACUGCAUCCUGUAACAACAGCACCAUAUACCUAUCCAACACCACAAAAAUUCACAACGUCACGCACACCAUCUUAUUCUUAUCCAACUCCAUCACAACCAACAAAAAGUCCACCAUCAAAGACUACAGGAUAUUAUUACAAAACACCUAGUAGGCCAUAUACGCCACCUCAGACAACAUCAUAUGUUCCACCAAGGAUUGAUCGUCCUACAACAACACCAGGAUUUUCACCUCGGCCAACUUUACCACCGCAAACGCCAACGAUAGGAACAUCUCCAGGGUAUAAUUAUCCAACACCUGAAAAUCCAUUUACGCUGCCGCCUCAACGACCGUCUACACGCCCUCAACCACCCAGAACCCCAGCACCGCCUCCACCUUUCUCACCACAAACACCACGUCCUCCAACUCCACCACCAUAUGUAUCUCCAUCUCCACCACAAACACCAAGAACUCCACCAACUGGUUACACUUAUAAAACACCACCACACCCAUUUACAUAUCCACCUCCUACACCAUCACGGCCUUCAACACAACCACCAAGAACGCCACCUCCUGGACCGCCACCAACUGGUUAUACUUAUCAAACACCAUCACAUCCAUUUACAUAUCCACCGCCAAGACCUUCAACACAACCACCAAGAACACCACCACCUGGACCACAACCUCCAAAAACACCAGCACCGCCACUACCUUCUCCACCGCAACCACCACAAACGCCAAGACCUUCUCCACCACGACCACCCGUGACACCACCACCUUUCCCUCCACGACCGCCACAAACACCAAGAACUCCUUCAUCCCCACGGCCGCCUCAAACUCCAAGACCACCUGCUACAUCAGCACCGGGCUAUCUGCCACCCGUACCACCUACGCCUCCAACAAGACCACCGCUUCCGCCACAGCCACCAAGGCCUCCCACUCCACCACCAUAUGUACCGCCAUCUCCCCCACAACCACCAAGGCCUCCAACUCCACCACCAUAUGUACCUCCAUCUCCUCCACGACCACCAAGACCACCAACUCCACCACCAUAUGUACCUCCAUCUCCUCCACAACCACCAAGACCACCAACUCCACCACCAUAUGUACCUCCAACUCCGCCACCAAGACCUCCAACUCCACCACCAUAUGUACCUCCAUCUCCUCCACAACCACCAAGACCACCAACUCCACCACCAUAUGUACCUCCAUCUCCUCCACAACCACCAAGACCUCCAACUCCACCACCAUAUGUACCUCCAUCUCCUCCACAACCACCAAGACCACCAACUCCACCACCAUAUGUACCUCCAUCUCCUCCACAACCACCAAGACCUCCAACUCCACCACCAUAUGUACCUCCAUCUCCUCCACAACCACCAAGACCACCAACUCCACCACCAUAUGUACCUCCAACUCCGCCACCUAGGCCUCCAACUCCACCACCAUAUUUACCACCUAGGCCUUCAACUCCACCACCAUAUUUACCACCAAGACCUUCAACUUCUCCACAACCACCAAAGCCUCCAACUCCGACGUCAUAUUUACCACCAAGACCUUCAACUCCUUCACAACCACCAAAGCCUUCAACUGCACCACCAUAUUUACCACCAAGACCUUCAACUUCUCCACAACCACCAAAGCCUCCAACUCCCCCGCCAUACCUUCCUCCAACUUCGCCGCCAUACCUUCCUCCAACAAAGACUACACCACCGCCUUACUCUAAACCAUCAACGCAUGGCGACCCGUACUUACCUCCAGACGAUCAAACUACUUCAAAGACUACUCCAAGAUAUACCACUGCUCACACAACGCCAAGUUCAUUCCCACCAACAGUACCAAGUACGCGACCUCCGCCAUACCUCCCACCCUCUUCUCCCACUACGCCACGUGUUACGGUAACUCCACCGCCUCCACCAACUCCACAUUACACUCUCGUGCCAACAUCGACUAUCUAUACUGCCCCACCAACUGGUAGACCAGCUCCACCACCAACUUUACCACCAACCACGAAGAGGCCUAUCGGUUAUUUCUACGAUGUACCAGAGAAUCCACUGGAAUUACCACCCUUCGUUCGAUGAGGACGGGCAAUGUUUUUGCCCCCUUUUUUGUAAUUUUUAAAUGUAUAGUAUACAAAGCUAUUUAUGGAUCACCAUAGGAAAUGAUAAGCAAUCUGUAAUCGAAAAAUGGGUGAAAACGAUAUGACAGGUUUGCUGUAUAUAUUAUAUCCAGUAACUUGUACUGUAUACGUUUAAUUAGAAUGGUAAUUAUUGUAAGUGUAACGAAUGUUUCGAACAAAGUCGUAAAGUAGCUUCUAAUGAAAUGAUUGGAAUGAUAAUAAUUGAUUUAAAAAGCUGAUGAUGCUGUGUUACAUUUGUGUAAGUAAAAUACAGUGAAUAUAAGAUAAAAUGGAUGCACAUAACUUUGUACAUCUGACAC